AAUAAGAUCCUUAAGUUUGCACAGGUGAGCAGUUGAAUUAAAAAUUGAAUACUUCCGUGUGGGGUAACAAACCUACAGCUCUUUUUGCGAAUAUAAAAAGGACCGACCACUUCCCUCCACCUUCUCUUUUCUUUCUCCAACUCCAUCUUCUCUUUACUCUUCCACUCCUCUCUCUUCACCCACUCAACUCCUUCCACUUUCCGCAUCAUCAUAAUGGCUGCUCAGAACAUUGGCAACUACGAGGGUUUCGAUCACGUCGUCUUCUGGGUCGGAAACGCAAAGCAGGCCGCUUCCUACUACACCACCCGCUUCGGUUUCAAGGAGAUCGCUUACCGCGGCCUCGAGACCGGUCACCGCGACAUCUGCUCCCACGUUGUCCGUCAGGACACUAUCACCUUCGUCUUCCAGUCUCCCCUCAACCCCAACAACAAGGUCUUCUCUGACCACCUCGCCCUCCACGGCGAUGGUGUCAAGGACGUCGCCUUCACUGUCGACGAUGUCCAUACCAUCUACAGCCGCGCUAUUGAGAAGGGUGCCAAGUCCAUUCGUGCCCCCUUUGAGGAGAAGGACGAGCACGGCUCCGUCUGGAUGGCCACCAUCGCUACCUACGGUGACACUGAGCACACCUUUGUCCAGCGCAGCAGCUACAAGGGCCAUUUCCUUCCCGGCUACGUCCUCCCCCGCGGCAAGGACCCCCUCGAUGAUAUCCUCCCUGUCGUCGGUCUCAACUACAUCGACCACUGCGUUGGUAACCAGCCCGACGGUGAGAUGCUCAAGGCCUGUGAGAUGUAUGAGCAGCAGCUCGGCUUCCACCGCUUCUGGUCCGUCGAUGACUCCCAGAUCCACACCGAGUACUCCGCUCUCCGCUCCAUCGUCAUGGCUGAUCCCACCGAAAAAGUUAAGAUGCCCAUCAACGAGCCCGCUGCCGGCAAGAAGAAGUCCCAGAUUACUGAGUACUGCGAAUACUACGGAGGCGCCGGUGUUCAGCAUAUUGCCCUCAACACCAAGGAUGUCAUCAAGGCUGUCAGCAACCUCCGUGCCCGUGGCAUGGAGUUCUUGACCGUUCCUUCCUCGUACUACGAGAACCUUCGUCUCCGUCUCCAGGGCUCCUCCACCAAGAUUGCUGAGGAUCUCGAUGUGAUCCAGUCCCUUGAUAUCCUUGUUGACUAUGACGAGUCUGGCUACCUUCUUCAGAUCUUUACCAAGCCCGUCCAGGAUCGCCCCACUGUCUUCAUCGAGAUUAUCCAGCGUCGUGGUCACGAGGGUUUCGGUGCCGGUAACUUCAAGGCUCUCUUCGAGGCCAUCGAGCGUGAGCAGGAGCUCCGUGGCAACUGCUAA